AUGACGGAUCCAUCUUACCCACGAGAGAAUCGUCGUGUAGUUUAUGUGCAUCCAAACCUUCAAUGGGCAUGCUUUAAGCAUUGUUUGAAAGAGAAGACCUUUGCAGGUCCUGACUCUUCAAACUCACUUGCCUCCUCUGUUUCCCCUGCACUGCCUUCAUCUGCAUCUAAUUUUGCCACCUCCACUGCUGGUUCCCGUUCUUGGCCUGAUUAUGUGUUGGGUUCUUCAUCUACAAGUCCUCCUAUUGUUUCACCUCCUGGACUGAAUUUGUGUGUUGAUUUGUCUCAGUUCUCUCUUCAACGAGUCUCGGCCAGUGUUUCUUCUAUUCCUCCUCGGGUUACUCUUACUCACUUUAUGGUACUUCGCCCUCGCAAGUCCCAAACCGUCAACGUGAGUGUCUCGUCUGCCUUACAGGUUGCUUCUUUGCCUCAACAGGAACUGUUUACUUUUAAGGAUGCCAACAAGUACUUGACUUGGCAUAAAGCUAUGAAAGAGGAAAUUCAGGCCCUUCACUAUAAUAAUACUUGGAAUUCGGUGCCUUUUCACUCAUUCAUGAAUGUGGUUGGAAGUGUUCAGUUUAUAAAAUUAAAAGGUACGCAUGUUGUAGUGUUGAGAGAUAUAAAAGCAUGGUUAAUUGCUAGAGGAUUCAUUUAGCAAGAAGAGGGGCUAGUGCUCACCAUUAAUGUUUUUUUAUGGUUGGUUGUUUCAUUAGUUG